CAGGAAUCGUAUUACUAGUUUAUUAAGAUAUACAAUAUAACUGAAUUCAAAAAUGUAUGCAGUAACAUUUCCUAUAUAGCUAUUUAUCAGUCACCCCUCAUUGCCCUUUUUAGGACAGUGAGGUUUUUUAAAGCCGGAAUAGACACAUACUUCAACUCUCAACAUAAUAUAAUUUGAGUCAUUAAUUUUUGUCCAAACCUGUACAUUGCAUUUUGACGGUAUCUAUAGACAUUUAAUUAAAUCCCAAUUGUUUCGUGUCGAUUAUUUCUGCAAACUUACAAUCUUGUGCGCCCAAUUUCUUUGCGCAGAAUUCCAUUGUGUCCAAGGAUUUUGAAAGAACUUGUCCACAAUAUCAAAUACCGUAGGAAGCUCUAUAAAAGAAAAUGGCGAAGACAGGAAACGGAGACACUGCCCAUGACCUUUAAAGCACCUGAAGCAUCUCCAAGUGAUCAAAGCUAUCUUGAAAACGACAGACCAUCAAACCUAACAAGUCGUUAUGUACAGCCAGCGGAGGUACAAACUACAGCAUAUAUAAGGCGAAAAAGGGGAGCAGUGAACACCUUCCAUCGACUAAUCCUACGCAAAAAAUAAAGUCUGUUGUGACAUGGUUUCCAUUGACACGAGUUGAAGAAGACACUUUCGGCGGUGGAUGGGGCGCAGAUGGAGCUUCUUCUAUCGAUUUGUAGCUUCAUGGUUUACUAAGAGGCUACUGGAUCACAGGAGGAAUUAAUGUGUAUUAUUUACGAUACAAUAUUGAUACCGUGACAGCAGAAUUAUGGAACUCUGACGGCAGUAGUAACGCUAUGAAAGUGUUAGCCAUUUCUGAAAUGAACGUACUCGCGGAACUGCAAAAUUGCUUGAGAGACAAAUGGCGGGGCCCUUCAGACACCCUGCAUUUUACGAAAGUUCCAAAGGUGCUCCGGGAACCCGCCAUCUUUACAGGCUACCGCCCGGUGAACAGGUCCUGGAACUACUACCUCCUUAGUCUGUUUCGCAUUCACAACGAAACAUUUAACAUUUGGAGUCACCUUGUGGGCAUUAUCACGAUAUUCCUUGUUCUUCUGAAUCUUUCCGACACUUACGGGUCCACGACCAACAAGCACUUAUGGCCCGUGAUGACGUUUGGUACAUGCGCAAUCAUCACCAGCUUACUUAGCACUGUGGCGCACCUUUUCCAUUCCAAGUCCGCCAACGUGCACUAUACGAUGUUUCUGCUGGACUACAUUGGGGUUACAUUUUAUUCCUACGGCUCAGGUGUUCUUUCAAUGUAUGCCUGCUCAACGAAAGCGUUUUACGAAGCUUGGUCGCAACACUAUCUACCAACUUUAGUUGUUGCUUGUUGGUUUUCCUACAUAGUUCUAUGUCUUGCAAAAUGUCUCUAUGGAGAAAACCCUUUUAAUAUAUCAAGAAAGCUAUUGCAAAUUGGUUCUGUUUUGAUUCUUUCAAUUUGGCUUAUUGCCCCACUAUUUGAUAGAUAUAUCACAUGUUAUAUGCAAAAGUCCUGUUCCCUGUCAUCACUUCACCAUAUCACAGUCUGUAUUCUAUUAUUUGGUUCACAAGCAUUCUUUUUUGGGAGCCACCUUCCUGAAAAGUUGUUUCCGGGUAAAUGUGAUAUUUUGGGUCAAGGUCAUCAGAUUUUCCACAUUUUGAGUACUUUGACCCAGAUAACACAGAUCCGUGCCGUUAUCAUAGACAUGGAAUCAGGGCAUUCUGACCACACGGACCCUGUCCUGUCACAUUUAUUCUUCUAUGGAGUUCUGUUGAUGUCUUUGUCGUUGGUCACUUUUUUGUUUGCCCGAAAAUUUACGCCAAGCAACUGAUAUGCAAUCAAACACGCGCUUCCAAAGCAGUCAAAAUACAUGCGUCUAUUUACUAGUAGUGUAUUAAAUUUUGUUGAAGCAAAUCUGUGAGUGUCUUGUGUUAUUUUCUACAUUUUUAUGGUUUAAUAAUUUUUUUACUAAAAGCGUGUGUGGAACAUUCUGCAAUACCGGAUUAUUAUACACAUGGUAUGUUGGCGCAAUUUGGAGAGAGGUUUUUAGAGUAUUCAAUGUUACACAAUACAAUUGCAUUAUGUAAUUGGAUGUUUGGAUUGUCAUAUCUUCAUUGAACUCUCUGUAACCUAUAAAAUAUUGAACUUUUUAACCUGCAAAUUACGACUUAUUUCGAUAGUUACUAAACAUUUGUUACAUCAUCAAAGGUAAUAUUAUACAUAUGUUGGCAUAUUGCUAUGCUAUCCAGAGGAAUAACAUUACAUAUUUUAUUUGUUUCUGGUCAUCUUAACACAUUACAUAAUGUGUAUUGUUACUCUUAUUGCCGAUAUUUAUUGUUUUAUUUAAGAAAAAUGAGAUGUGUCUAUUGCUUUUCUUUCGAAUGCCAUGAUAUCAAUCAAAUAAAACGCUCGUGUUUUUGACGCACUGUGUUCACUUUAAGUACUUAUACAAUCAAAAACGGAAAGGGUCCGUUUUCUUUUAUAUA